GCAUGGAUGAUCAAAUCAAACUCACAAUAAAAGCCUUGGCCCAGGAGACUACUGCUGAUGUAUUCAAUGGCCAGAAACAUGACCAAUACAUCGAAUUGUUAAGGCUAAACAGAAAGGACAACCUUGCCGAGCUUCUCCAUGCUAGGAGGGCCAAGCUUCAGCAUUACACCUUGAGUAGAGAAGAGUUCACCGAAUGGCUUGAAGACCUCUCGGAAAUUGAGGAUAAUAUGUCGAGGCUCGCGGAAGUCGUAGAGCUCUAUGGCCUGAUUCUUAAGACAUACCCCACCGCACCUUACUGGAAGAACUACCUAAACUUCAUAUUAGAGAUUGAAGAUAGCGAAGUCUCGGAAGAACUGAUACGGGAUCUAUUCACACAGGCAUUGAAAGAGGUAGCAGACGACUACAAGGACGGAUCCUUAGUAUGGGAGAUUAUUCUAGAACAUUUAUCGAAAGAUAUUCCUACAACACACAUCCCUCAGUCACCAGCAUUCAGAAUGGUUUUGGCAUUGCACAAAAAGCGCUUACUGUAUCCAAGCUUAAGCUUGGAUGAGUCUUUCUCUCAAUUCCUGUCGUUUAUAUCCAAGUACGACCAGGAAAAUUAUAUCGACCAUAUGCGUGAAAGCACAGAAAUUGUUAACCGUACCAAAAGGGCCCAAAGAUACAUUGAAAAGCAUGAAUUGGGGAUUCUCAAAGACCCAUCGAACCCCCAACUUUACAUUGAAUACUUGGAAAGCAUCCAUACCCAUAUGGAUAGCUCAGAUGCUGGUCCGUUGUUGAAUAAUGUGUUCCGUCGCUUUUUGUAUAAUGCUUACCCUACUCGUUCGUCUUUGCAAAACCCUUCCAAAGAGAACCUACAAGUCUGGUUGACAUACAUCUACUGCCUCUAUGAAAGACAGCUCGAUGAAGACAAAGACACGUUGGAGUUGACCGUGCUUGACUUCGUUCACACGUACCCAGAAAGUCCUAUCAGUUAUUCGGAGUUGAUACGAAGCUGCCCUACUUCUGAUGUCGGCUAUGAAGUGUUCAAGCUCGGACUCCAAAGAUGGGAUUCAGUGAAACGAGUUGUUGAGGAUGACGGCAGCUUUCAGUUCCCAUACGAUGAGUGGAAAGUGUUAGCUAUUGCAAUCUUACAUUUCAGGCUUACUAUAGUACAGGAAGCGAAGCAAGAGAACUCAAAAGAAUACCAGCAAGAAAUUAAUGCCUUGUACCAGGACAUUCACGCAUUUGUGGACUAUGCCAUACUGCAAAAUCAUGAUAUUUUCCAUUCGGUGGAAAAGCUCUCGAUAUCCAUCUGUAUCAAGUUAGGUAACUUGAAGACAGCCACACUGAUAAUUGAUGAGUUGAUACGCAAAUUUCCAGACCAAAGUGAUGUUUGGUUGUAUGCUAUUCAAUUUCACAAAGAUCAAUCAAUGAAGCCACAGGAUAUUAGUCGCAUCUAUUAUGCUGCUGCGGAAUCUGCGACAAGUGUAGAGGGGUUCGAAAAAAUCGUGGAGGAGUGGCUUCAACACGAGCAUGUGUUUGGAGACGUCUACUCGAUUAGGAACGCAAUGGUCGUUUCAAACAAACAACUCAAAAGAUUGGCCGGGUUGGAGGCUGCGAUUGAAGAGGAUGUGACUACUCAAGUUGAAAAAGAAGUAACAAAGAAAAGAAAAUUAUCAGAUGCUGAAGAAAUACCUACAAGAUCCCGUGAGACUUUCACAAUUUUGGUAUCUAAUUUACCAAUUUCGACCACCAAAGCUAAUUUGGAAACAUUCUUCAACGAUUGUGGAGAAAUACGCGAUAUUGUCUUGUUUCAGAAUUCUAAAGCUAUAGUGGAAUUUUCUCAUGAACAAGAAGUCUUCACUGCAUUGACUAAAAACAUGAAAAAACUAGAUGGAAACACAAUUCGUGUCGAAAGAAAAUUGGAAUCGACAGUCUUCGUCACCAAUUAUCCCCCUAGCAUCAGUCAGGAUAGCAUCAGGAAGACUUUUAGUGAAUGUGGUGACAUAGUUAGCUUAAGGUUUCCUACUCAACGCUCCAACCACACAAGACGAUUCUGUUACGUCGAAUUUGCAACUGCAGACCAAGCUAAAAAGGCAGUUUUCAUUUUCAAUGGUAAGAAAUUUCCUGAUUCUCUUACCAAACGAGACUACGAGCUCAAAGUGGCGAUUUCGCAGCCAACAAAGCUGACACAUAUCUCGGAAAGAAAGGUGAGAUUGAACAAUAUUCCAUUCACAUACAAUGAAGAAGAUAUCAGAAAGAUUUUCCAAGAUUGUGGACCAAUCGAAAAGUUAAUCAUUCCAAGUAGCCACAGGAAAAGAUCAAAAAAUCAAAAUAAUGACGGCUUUGCAUUCUUGACUUUUGAAACCGUGGAAGCUACCCAAAGGGCUCUUAACAAGAAUGAGUUCCUUGUUGAAGGGAGAAAAAUAGAAGUGUCAAAACAAAAAUCCACAAAUAAAGAUGAUUUCCGUGAAUUCAACGAUCUCAGCACUAUUGGACUUGAAAAUGUGAACGACACAUUGACCUCGGAACAACUCAAGGCACUCCUUACAGAAGAAUUUGGACCUAUUUCCAGAAUCAAAUUGUUUCCCAAAGAAAAAGCGGCCAUUGUCGAAUUUGAAAGGGCCUCGGACUCUGGAAAUGCCACUAUGAAAUCCAAAUUUGAAUUGGGAUCGACCGAAGCCACAGUGAGGUCAAAGGCGGAUAUUGUGGGAUUGGUUAACGGCGUAUCCACCGAACACAAAAAACCCAAUUUGAUGGUGCCUGCAUCAGUCCAGAGAAAGAGAAGAAAACAGUAAAGAGUGGCUCUCUGCUAGUUGUGAUUUUUGCUCAGAAAUUAGCUUUGCAGAAAUCGACAUCUGAGAAAUCUGCAUCGAUAAGAACUUAUUAGAAAGAACUUUCUCUAUUACAUAAGAUCACAGAAUAUGAAUUUUUCUGGACUGAACUUGUUUAAAUACAGUC